CGGAACGCGGGCGCACGGCGCGGGCCGGCGGGGGAAGGCGCAGCCGGCGCACCGCUCCCCCGGUCACCUUCGGCGGGCGGCGGCCAUGGCGUUCCUGCCCGACGAGUCGCGGUCGCUGCCGCCGCCGCCGCUCCUCAACAAGGGCUCGGUGUGGCUCGGCUUCUUGGGGUGGCUGUCGGCGCUGGCGGACAACGCCUUUAACCAUCGCCCCGUCAUCCGAGCCGGUCUUCACCGGCAGAUCCUGUUCACUACCGUGGGCUGGUUUGUUGGCUACCAGCUCGUGAAGCGCACCGAGUACGCGUAUGCCAAGGUGGACAGAGAGCUGUUCGAGUACAUGAGGCACCACCCCGCGGACUUCCAAUCAACAACAGAAAAGAAAAGAAUAGGGCAGCUCUUGGAGGAUUUCCACCCAGUUCGCUGAGGAUUUCUCCAGCAGCGACACAGCACAGGAUGAAUUCCUGCCAUCCUGAGAACUUUGGCAAGGUGGCUACAACUGUUGAACCGUCCAUGACUUAAAAGAUGAAACUUUACUCACUUUCAUGUAAUAAAAGCUUGACUAAAUAGUUAGUGUUUAA